AUGAACAAUUCGCGUGUGGAUCACCGUCGUUGGACCUGUCUGGACCCAGUGCGCCAACAAAAAAAACUCCAACAGUUGCCCCGGCGUCCGCGACGGGGCCCAUGCUCAUCGCCUCCGUUUACUCUCGACGGUCGCCACCUCCAUGAUCUCUAUAGAAACGUCCGCGGCUACGACCACCAGAACUACGACUGCAACCCCUACUAUCGAUCGAAAUGCUCCCAACGUAACAUCAGCCACAACAGUAGCCAUCACAAUCACCACACCCCCCCGCAAAGCGAACCCGGCCACAGUCUGUUCUCAGGAAAUGAAAUGCAUCACUUCACAGUAGGGCCAUAUCGGUCACUUGCGCGGGGACUGGUUUUUCAGUACCUGGAGCAACAACCAGCAUUCGUCGCAUACGCCCGUUACUUCUCAUACUGCUUACGCGCAUUUAUUCGCUAAAUGAGUCCAGCCUAUCAAUUUCAUCUUCACGAUAGCAGAAUUCGUCGCAAUAUCACACACCUUCCACAUCAACCUAAUCAGCUCUAAACCAGUCAGAGCGCCCAUCACUAGCAACGUCGCCACCAAAGCCGACUCAGCACAUCCCGACCUAGCCUGCCCACAUUGUCACUGCACAUUCACCUCGCACUUUGGGCUGGUCGGUCACUUACGUGUUCCUUAUACGAACACUGGCGAACCGGUGCCUGUGACACCAACACCUGCUAAGCGCCACUGCCUUACAGUGAGUGCUCGGUCUCAUGAAAUGUUGGCUGAAAUUCUGAAAUGCGUUUUUGUCUGGGAAGAAUUACUUGGGCGCGGUUGUAAUACUUAGUAUCUUGCGGCAUAAUCCUAUAAUAUUCAGAUGAUCAGAAGAAGAAGAUCUGGUGCAGUUGCGGACAAAGUAACUACGUCGUAGAAACUGGAAGACUGCUCCGGACGCAAAUCGCCGAACACGUGGCAGCGGUAUGCAGAAAUGACGCCAACACUCAGGUCGCGGCCCAUUCGACGUGAUCCGGCCACAUAUUCAAGUUCGAUGAGGCCGAAAUUCUCGCGAGAGGGGAUAAUCGCGUGAGCCGCGAGUUGCUUGAGUCAUGGUUCACGGGACUUCAGUCUAUCAACAAGUGCAACGACAUUCCCACUCCAUAAUCUGUCCUGAGGCAUAGACUGGCCAAAGCAAUUGAACACUCGAGGAACGCGUAAGCCGGUGAGCCAGAUGGCCGAGCAAUCAUCACGCCAGCAUCCAACACGGGUGAUGAGAUGUCAGCAAUUAACAACUUGCAUGCCGGCCAUCAAGCAAUUAUCGCACCAGCGGGCAACAAUCCUUGAUGAAGGGAGCACGGUUAAUUGCUGCAGGUAUGCGGUACCAUGGCGACCGCAUCCUAUAAAUACUGCGACUUCCUGUACACUAGCCACCCUUUUCUGCAACUGUCUCUGAUGAUGGAUUCAAGAGAAAAUCUGAAACGUCAGGCGAAUAAAGCCAUUGUUCCAACGAUCGUUUCUUCUUCUUCUGAUCAACUAGUUCCUGGAACUCGCAUCUUCGUUUGUAUCGAUAAUAUUCAGUUUUAGCAGGAUGCCUGCUUUUAAUUGCACUCCACUUAAAUUUCCUGUAAAAACCGUGCUCUGUUAUAAAUGACUACAUAUUCAGCAUGCAUUUGUCCCAGUAAUGUUGGAUGAUAUUAUAAGUGCGAACUCAUUUAAUAAAAAAACGCCAACAAAAACAGUAGAAAGGCCAACUCAAGAAAUGACCACCGAAAUUCCAGGCUGUUUUCGUUUCGAAAAAAAAAUGAGGUAGGGUCGUAAAACUGGUCCGCCUGCAACAUAAUUCUAUAAUUAUUCAGUUACCUCCAGAUUCUGGCUUUAGAAUGAAGGUCAUUCCGGCUGCAUGAAAAACAACACUCUGGAAAAAAUGACUACUUAUUAAGCAGGAAGUUUUCUUAUUGGUUCUCGAUGCCUCUAAAUGUCCAAUUAUAUUUUUUGUGGAAAAAGUGCAUCAAAAUAUUCAUUAUUGUGCUCAUUCCGUGGAUAAUUAAGUCUUUUUUCAAAUGUUAUACUCGAAGAAGGAAAUUAAUUCUAUUUCAAAUUGUGCGACUUCCAAAUACCGUUAAAAAGCCGUUCAUAAUACCUCAUAUAUCUGCAUUUACUAAUGUGCAUCGUAAAGUUAACAAUAUGGGUCAAAUCCACUGCAUAAGUUUACUUACCCGAUAUGGUCCCCGUAUUAUAAUGUGUGGAUUUCCGAACGCGGCAGGAUAUCUGCUUUAAGGUUUACCCAUUUUCAAUCUCCUGCAGAGACCGUGCUUGGUAUAAAUGACUACUUAUUUAGCAUGCAUUUUACGCACUGAUUUUCGAUAAUCUGAAAAAUCUAAAUAUAUUUUCUAGAAAACAUUCUUUCUUUUACUUUUUUGAUACAGAAUCACGUCGGCUUUAUUUAUUUUAUUCGACGAUGGAGUAAAUUUAGGUUUUAAAAAAUGACCAGCGGCUGGGGCUAAGAAUGGAAAUAGAGUGUAAUGUUAAUGAUUUAGCGCUUUAUUCUUACUAUUCAGUAGCAUCAACAGAAAAGUUCCAUUAGGUGGCGGUGGUUUUUGUGCUCGGUUGACGAACACGGGUGUCUAAAUGGAGAUUCGUCGGUUGAACUGCGAAUAUAAGCUAAUAUUUAUUAAAAACCAUCUGAAAUUACAGACGUGACGUCACCCUGAUAUAAAACAAAAGCGAUAAAUAUAGUUGAAUGCAAGUCUAGCCGCGUGACCAAACUUCCUUUAUUGAGAUUUUGCGUUCUGUUUAAGCUUAUUACAUAGUGACCGCCAUUGGCAUGGUUAUAGCGGCAGAUUAAGGCGCCUUUUUGAAAGUCAUCAGAAAAUUCCGCUAGAUGUCGAAGUGCGACGGCAGCAUUGGACGCUGAUGUGACGUAGAACGAAAUCGUGCAUCAGAAAUUUGCCAGAAUGAGGCAUCCCAGUUUUCCUCCACAUGGAAAACAAUGGGGUUUGUUUCAACUAUAAUAUAUCGCCUACUAACAGAUAUUCAGUAGCAAACGAUGACAAUUGCAAUGAGGUAAGCAUCUAUACCAUUUUAACGGUCCUCCCCAGUUUGAUUUUAAGCAGGAUUGAAGGCGAGCGGAUGGAGAGGAAAUAUGGGAUUUCCGUGCACUUACUGGACCGUAACUUGUGCAGUAUACUGGUAGAAAUACCAGGUCCGUCGAUCAUCUAAAUAAUAAAUAACGACAGGGGGUUAACUUGUGCUUAUCUCUUAACAACUGCAUAUGACAGAAGACACUGUGUUUGCCCUAAGUGAGACAAAUGGCGUACACACAUUCUUACAAACUGCUUAUUCAUAGAACAGUAUAAUUACUUGCUUGCGAUAUUAUUGUAUAUUAUUUUUUUAAAAAAACAUUCCAUCUUCCGACGAGCGAAUGGGAUAGAGCGAAGGCUCUAUAAAAAUACUGCACGAUACGGUCUGUUUGGUAUUUUGGAAAGGCAAGAUGUUCCAGUCAUUUGUUGGAGAGGCCGGCAAUUAAAAGAUAUGAUUUUUUUUCGCAGAUAAUAUCAAAAUGCAAGUUUAUGCCAUACUUUGUUCUCCUUCACCAUAUCCUCUCGUACAUGCAGUAUUUUCAAAUCAAGUGCAUAUUCAAAGAUUCUUUCUAACAAUAAAUGCUCCAAUUAAGUCAACAUGGUUUAUUUGAUUCUUCACGCCUCUUACAAUGUUUUUGCCGUAGGUUUAGGAAAACCAGUUGAUACGGCUACUUGCCAAAAUGUCCUUAAUGUGAGAAUGACAAUAAUUGUUCAUCAUGCGGUAAACAGGGUGCUACUUGACUAAGUUCUGCUCCACCGAGCAGUUAUGGACAGCCAUCAUGGUCAAGUCAAACGUCCUCCUCCACGUUUCAGUCACACCUAGGUCAUUCAACUUCGCAGCGAGCCUUUUCCUGACACGCUGACAUCCAGCAACUCGACCGACUUCAAGUAGAACGCACAUGGGUCCACGGGGUCGCGGUUGUCCAUGCGCAAUUUGAGAACGCCGCACACUGCGGACACGAAAUUAGCCAUUCGAACACCACCCCUCGGUGAAUGGGACGAUCACCAAUUGUACGCCACUUCAGCAGUUACCACAACUGUCUCACAAAAUCUCGGGCAGAAAUGGACACAGCAAUCAACAGCCAGUGAGCCCUGCCGCCUGAAAUGACAACUCAGGUUUCUGCAAACAAUGAGCCGCUCAUUCUGGUGACUUCUGUCUAUUCCUGUAAUUCGGGGUUUUGCCCGUGUAUUACAGCGGUAUACUUAACCUAAUUUCUUAGCUGCUACAUUCUCUCCGACUGUCGCAAGUCGAUGUGGAACACAGCAGAAUUCCGGCAUACGACGUAUACCAGUCGCCGCACACGGAAACUCACAAUCCCUCCUUGCAGUUAUCGUAGGAAGUAAAAGAGCACCUAGCAACAUUCACUGAAGUUGAUUAAUCAUUUAUGACAGCCUGUAAUUACUUCUUUAUGCGCUAAUCGCAGUCAGAUAUACAUAAAUGGUCUUGGUAACUUAUGAGUCGUAAAGUACUUAUACGCAAGUGUCGCGGUAGCUUGUCUUGUUGUUGUGGCGGUCAGCCAUCACGACCAGUCUGGCGUCAUUGUUCAAGACCUGACUGCCUCAAGGUCAUUCACGCCUUUGCAGUGAGCCGUUCUAGACGCGCUGACCCGAAGUCACACGACCAACAGCUCGGGCAUACCUGCGUCCGCACAGCCGCAGCUGUCUAUGCGGCCACUUAAACGCACCUCUCCCUGCAACCGCAACCUAAGACACUAGGACAACACCCCUCGGCAAAUGCAACGCACACUGACUGGCCACCACUUGAGCUUGGCCCACGAGUCUACAAAAGCGGCUGCCAUCACUUGCUCAGGGAUUCUCAGGCACGACUGGACGCAGUCAACACCAGCUCUGGCUUCGCCAGUUGCCACUACCGCCUGCCAGGACAACUCUUCAUGCAGGUUCCUUCCGUCUUCUCCCUUUAAUUUGGGAUCUGAUGUGAGGGGUUAAUUGUGCACAGAACCCGAAGUUGUCACCGAUGGAAGAGGUGAAUGACACUCUCCGAGCGCAAACAUAUUCGUUUUUUUCCAAACACUGACCUCGCCGGCAUCGUGCGAUAACUCCGUUUAUAUGACGACCGAAUACCCUCUCACGUGAGAUGUGGUUAUGUAUACCCACCUGAUGGCCAAAAUAGUGUUCGGGUUAGGAUUAUAAGUUCAAGUUAGGGUUAGGCUUGGGCGUUCGGGUAAGAUGCUAGACUUACGGAUCAGGUUUCGAAUUCAGAGUUAUGAUUAGGGUAAGGUCUAAGGACUACUAUUCCUCAACCACUCAAAUUAGAACUCCGCAUUCUCAAUAACUUUUCUUUUGCAUAUUACUGCUUUUUCUAGUCGGUCGUGCGUUCCCCGGCCCCACCUGUAAAAACUCUUAAUAUCGCCCAUUCCAUAUUACAUGUGGCAGGAGUUUGAUAACCUCAGGUGGGGCUACAUAACCACAUCGGACACCUUGGCAUGUAAUGAACUGCAUUUUUAACUUCAAUGUUGCAAUCCAUCAGUCGAAACAGACCAUUUUACUCGUUACGAGACUUGUAUGCGUCAUUUCCGAGACAGACAUAUAUUUUGCGGACUGAAGUAUUGCAAUGAUACGCAGAGCCGCGGAUAACAUUCCGAAGUUGAUUAUUUUCACUGAAGUUACCGACGGCACUGGUAAUGAAAUUAAACAGCGAAAAAAUUGAUGCUUUGCAAUGUAAUUUAUUGUCAGUAGAGUUUGAACUAAAAUGCAAAUUAAUGCAAAGGGCGGCGAUAUUAACGACAUUGAAUGCGCUUACGUGAAACAACUGGAACCCUAGUGUUUCACUCAUCCUCCUUUACGUGGCAUAGUGCUUCCGAUACAGGCUUCAGUUUCACAUUCGCUGCCCGCUACAAUUUAACGCACUGCAUAAAGCUUUUAUGGUGACCAUAUGUGUAAGUUGCAAAAUCAUAUACAUAUCACUGCUUAAAUACUUGAUAUUUCUUCGCAUAAACUUCGCUUUGACGUCAAUAUUAAAAAUUUAAUUCUCUCAGUUGUUCGUGGAACAAACCUUUGUGGACUGAUGUCCCUUCGCUUUGGCGUUAUCUGAGUUUGACUACCACCCUCGACAUGGAAAUUUGCCGAAUUGAACACCAGAUCGACGAAAUUCCGAUGAAGAAGCAGUUAUGUAAUUUCAUCAGCAUAAUGCAUCGUGAUUUUUACACAUCAGUGCCCCUUAAUUUGUCUUUUCUAAACGCUCACAUGUUCACAUUGCGAAAAACCGCAAUGCAACCCUGGUCUGAGCUUAAUCUACGGAUUGUCUCAUGUAAAAUUGUGUUUACGAAUGCGUUGUUGGACGGACUAUACACUCCAAUCAUGUCACGCAAUUCCAUAACUACGACGAACGUCAGGUCAUGCACAUGCAUAGAUGUCUGCGCAUGUUGUCUACAUAGUGAAUACUAAUUCUGAGUUACGACAAGUAAAUUGAUGUUUUUGCGCGGUAAAUGUGUGGAAUCGUGUGACGUUGUACAUGCGAGAGGGGCACACAGCCUGAUGUAGGAUUGAGUUAUAUUUGUAUCUCGACUGCGUCUACAGGAGUAUAAUAAAUCACAUUUAAGGUUAACGAACUCUCAGACAACAAAAACAUCAAAACGAAGCACACAGAGAUCACAAAAUACAUUCAGUUUUAGAACCCUGAAAUUACAGAAAUCGGUAUGUGAGCAAAUUCGUCUGCCAGCACGCCCUCAUCCAAACAUUAUUGCCGACAAUAUACUGACAAGUAGAGUGAACCGUAUUCGUCUUACUAUGUGACAUGCAGUUCGAAAGGGCUCUCACGAAGGGUAACAGCUCGUCUGAAAGCUGUUUUUUGCGAGGUCGCUGACUGUCUAAAAACGCUGAGAUUUCUUGAUAAUGCAUACAUUUCGGUCGAGUUGAUUACCACUUUGGACUGGUGUUCAUAGCGAUGUGCUAGUCGAAUUGUUGUAAAAAGGCUGGAAAGAGUUCGUGUGCUUGAUUCGAAUCGAAGUACUGAUCUGUGAUAAUUUGACGCUUGUAAACACUUAACUGGCGCAAACAAAACGCGACGUUGCGCAUAUGCUCCUUAUUGGUUAAAAAUACCCUAAAAUAAACGUUGUGGCAGAUAUGCGCGCGAUCACUUUAUUGGUUUAUCUUUUCGUCUCAGCUUUCGGCCCUCUAUACGAGGCCAUCAUCAGAGACCGUGAGAGUGCCGUAUCAAGUGAGCGGUUCUUAAGUAGGCGAACAAAGAGUGAGAGCGUGAGAUUGGAGGGGUGGGUUGGUGUUUGCGAUAAGGCUGAGUCCUCGCCGUCACACGACAUCGUGAAAAAGUGUGCUCCUGGGCCGCGUUAGCGUAGCACGUGAUGGUAGUGGGUUGGGUGUUCCAACGCGCCUGCCAACGACGGUGGUCAGAAACCCGUGCCCCUCCCCGCACACCAAAUUCCCCUCGUGGUAUGUGCGGUGGACCAACACGGGGGGCGUUAUCGGAUUUGCGCGCCAGCAUUUCGGGCUGCGGUCGCUCAUACCGGGACCCUGCCAUCCCCCAUUUGUUUUGUUUGCUGUGCGGACCAGGAGGCGUGGAAUGGAAGACCAAGUUGCAGGCUCGACCCUGCCGUCCACCUGCGUCCUCGCCCCCUCCUUCGGGUUUCUUCAAUUUGUGUUGACACCGCGUCCAGGUGGGGAAAAAGUGGAAAGAGUGUGGUAGAUACUGCGCAUGUCUACAUUCACUUUAAACUAAAUCACGCGCAAGUCGCCGAUGGCGAUCAUCGAAAACGACGACCGAACAAGCGGUCAGACGGCCAGGCCUCCAGCAGAUCUUGCCCCGUCCUAUUGCUUGAUCAUGAAGGCCUGGUGUCGACGUGCCAACAAUACAAUACUCCGUGAAUACUAUGUAGGGCUGACACGCUAUGUAACAUUGUCGCAAGCAAAUGUCGAGGGUGCUGAUUGAAUAAAUAAAGACAUAGUGAGCAACACUGUUUGGCGAAUCUGCUAAUGAUUCGCUCGACCGAAGACUAUCCAAUCUGAUGAAAAGGACACUUGAACUAAGACAAAUGAGUCCAGAUCAGAAUUUGUGAUAAAAUACUGCGCGGAUCCAAGCAAACGGGCAUGUGUUGCAUUCUCCAUCGUCCGGGCGGUUAAGAGAAUCAUCACUCAGAUAAAUGAGUCAUGAAUCCAUGUUUAGUACGACCGACUUUAAACAGGCAGAAUAUAUCGCCGUGUUUGUAGUAACCAAAGCAACCGACGAGGCUAAGCACACCGCGAGUGAGAAAGUUGACUUCUUACAUACGGCGUAAAGCCGACCAAUAAAAACAAGCUGAAAAUACGGAAAGAUAUAGGUACGCUGCCGUCAGACAUAACAGGCGUAACAGUCAUGCUGGAUCCCCCAAUUACAAAGGACGGACACAAACACUCUUUACCGAGCGGCAGUCCCGAUAACCCAUAAUUUCUGCCCAUGCCAAAUCGAUGAUUGGUUAGUUUAAUGCACUGUUGAACCUACUAAAGAGCAGCAAUGUAAUAUGCCUAGAGGGGUGGGGCCAGAAGCAACCACCAGAUAACCACAAGCCUGAUUUGAGGGAUCACGCACAUCCCAUAUUUAAUUUCUUCGAAGUUUCUCAGAUCGGAAACCAACAUCGGCUCGGCCAGCAUACGCCUGCCCGUCUUCCGUGGUAAAUCAUGGAGUCGGGUUCAUCAUUCUCAUCUAUUCACCCGGCUUAGGCACGUGUCGUUCCACGACGAUACUAGGAGUGGUCAUAAUAUUGACUGUUUGCUGUUACCCUUCAUGUUCGACAAAAGAAUCACUUACAACAUUAGUGGCAGAACAUGCGAGCGGAUAACAAAGAUGCUGACGGGUUCCUAGGUAUCCGGUCGAAUUUCGGAACCGGUCUGACAAGAUUUGAAAGAAUCGCUUUUAACAACCAAAGCCCUACUUUUGUCGCCAAUACGUGGACGACGCGUCCGUUAUAAGUGAGAGCAGCCGAGAAGUCGACUUUCAAGAACUAUUUGACUGCAACUGCGUCAACAUUUAGCUUAGAAGAGAAGAAGGGAAUGUACAAGAGUUGCCUCUCAUUGCCGUUCUGGUCAAAUGCAGGCCAGAUGGAAAACCUGUCACCGAAAUGUAUGCAACGGCGACUGACAGAACUAAGUUUCCUAACUUCCAUAACAAUCCCCCCAUGGCGCUCAGACGCGCUUGCGAUAGGAUAUUCUCUCAAUGAGCAAAAAGGAAAGAAGUUGACUGGAGGGACGAGGGCUUGGACUACGCCGCCUUCGAGACCCACUGGCAACAAACAGAUACUCAAACAGUUUCGUUUUCGGCUUCUUUCGUGCUGCAUGUAGGGGAACAAACUGAAGCGCCUCUAUCCUUAAUCAAAGGCGUCAGAAUCAAGUGAUUGCAUCGUUGCAUGCUUCAGUAUAGAUAUUUAUGUUUCUCCAAAAGCUGCUUUGUACCGCAGAAUUACGCAAAGUAAGGAGUGGAUAGGUUCAGUUACGGAUUUGAAUGUACUCUUUCAAAUCCCGUGCCGUGAAUGUCCUAAACAUUAUACGCUAUGGUCAUGGACAUCUGACUGUAAAUUCACCGCCCGUCGAGCUGCAGAUCCGUAUGAUGUUAAAUAACCCAAACAAACGAUAUUUGACAAUAACGGCAUCACGUAUCAUUUUCACAAACUCCAAUCAACUAUAUUUACAUAAUUACAAAAUCUUAAGGUUUUCCAAAAAGAAAGAGGUUUUUUGUCUAGCUAGGCGUCAUGUCACAAUCUCGCUACUUGCCGAAUAACAGUUCGUCUUUUGCCAACUAAAUUUAUUUGGGUCGGAGACAUUAUUUGUUUGGGAUACUCUGGCUACUGAAACCUCCCCAAAAAGUCGGAUUUGCUUUUAUCAAGUUGUCAGAGGCGACCAAUCUAUUUAAAAUAAGACACACCCAAGUAUUUUGUGUACCUAAAGGGUUAUCUGUAAAACCUCAGUCGCGGAAUAUUGCAUAACCUAGAGCAAUGAUUUAUCAGAUGUCUUCUCAAGCUAAUGCACUAAACCGAUCUUCUGUGGGACAUUUCCCAUCAAGAGAGCUACUGUGCUCACUGAGAAUGCUAGCAAUCCACUUAUGCUUGUCAUUCACAUGCUAUUGAGUUUCACAGUUCUAAUUGCACACCCACUGUUGAUCAUAUAGACAUAGAUAUAUAAGCACAUAGGCCUAGCCGUCUGCCGUGCAUUCCAUGUUCCUAUCGUAGUGAGUUAUACCUAUGCGCUAAGACCACUGGCACAAAUAUGCUUUUUUCGGUCUCAAAUUCCAUUUUAUUGCAUUUCAGCGCCAAUGCUCAUUGCCAGCAUUCUCCUUACUAUCGUCACCUGCGGGAUUUGUAUGUGAACUAUUAGAAUACCAUUAAAUGUCUUUGAGUAAAGUCUAUGUUUAGUCAAAAGUCAGUAGCAUGCUGUUCUUUUAAGCGCAACAUCUUUUGCACACUACAUAGGCACUAAAGAGUACACUGUUACAACAGCAUACAAUGCGUCAUUUACAAUUCUUUAUCUUUCUACGGAGAGACCGCAGGUAAGCCCUGUUAAUGCGCAUAUCUUACGUUGAACCCAUAAUGGACGAAAUAUUAGACGCCUUUUUGCAUUACAGAUCGUCACAAUAGGGAAUAAUUCAGUUCCCGAAGGUUCGAUUGGCAAACCCUGCACGGUCGGUCAAUUAUGCUGGCAGCCUCUAGGGGGUAAGCUCUUUUAUUUCACAUGCUCUCUUUUUUCCCAGAUAGGACAUAAAGGUUCAUUAACGCAAAAACCACUUCCAUGCACUGUCGUGCUUCUCGUUGCUUAAUUUGCCAACAAUUUUUCUUUGACAGACAGGGAGUACGCUAUUCUACGUGGGCACCGGGGAGCCGGUUCAGGAAUUAUAUUUGCCUCUCCAUGUGAUAAUUCGAAAUCACGGUCUGCAGUCAUUGUCAACGAGGUAGGCGGAAGUUCGCGGAUUACAGGUCAGUCUUUUUGACGCAAACGUUGCCGUAUUCAUAUCUGUGCCACCGAUUGUUAGCUCUUAAUUUUGAAAAAAAUAGUUACGCGCGAACGUGGGAUUGCAUUUGCGGAAUGAUGUUGAUUAGUAAAGUAAGCACAUAAACGAAUGAGAGUCAAUUUUGAAAUUAUGUAGUUUUAAUUCGUUUGCGAUGAAAAUAUAUGACUUGUUGUUAAAAAUAAAUGUCAGCGUCAGAUGUACAUUCCUCUGUAUAGAUCCCUUAGUGCCAAGUGAUGUUGGUGUAAUUACAAAAGUUGAAGUGGACACCAAACACGGGCCUCCAGUAUUCAUUUGGUACUCCGAGUACGUUAAGGUAAGCCAAACAUGCUUGAAUAUAAAUGCAAACUAAACGAUGGUGACUCGAAAAAAGUUCAAAUUAAGCCGUUACGCAUGCAACGAAUAUUGUUGUUUUCUUUAGGACACAAGCACGUCUGGAGGAGUUGAGCCUUACAAUGCAUCCAAUCCGACUUACGAUAAGCAUUCUUUGACAAUUCCAAACCGUAAAUAUCGUUUAAAAUUACCUUCGUAUAAGUGAUUUCGAAAAAGCUGACCUUUCAUAUUUUGUGAACACAUGGCUGUGUUAAUUUUGUUGAUCUACUGGAAAAACAUCUUUACGGAAAUCCUACUAAUAGAAUGAGUGAACAUAACGCAGUUUUUAAUGAAAAAUCCUCUCUGGAAGAAAUCGCACGACAUAAUACGUUGAAACUUCAAGAAAUUAAAAAAAAACAUUAUUGACAUGGUUGACCAGAUUAAUUAUCAGCCAGUCAGGUUUUGCCAGAAAACACAUCCCCAUUGUCAUAUUUAGUAUUUUGGUAACGUUACGUAUGUAGAAUACAUGCCUAAAUGCCUGCCACAAUAUAAAAGCUAAUUUAUGACGAAAACGUCUCAUUGCACAUUAUUUGUGUUUUAAAACACGGCAGAAUAUCAAGUUUGCCUUAGCGACCGACCUAUGGUACUCAGAAUUAAACUCGGCCGCCUGCUCAAUACAGUGCUAAACGUGCUUUAUUUCCUUACCCCUCAGUUGAUGCGCAAUAUCAAAACCAACUCGCCGUCCUGCUGACGGGUUACAUGGGCAACACAACUUUCAAAUUCAGGCUACAUUUUUCCGAAGCGAAUCCCAUAUUGAUUAAAAUGGUACCAGGAAAUCGACGCCCCCCGUUCAAAAUAUUACGAGUUUCUUUCAGCGGCAAGUACCCAUUGCGACCCUGGAAAUCCCUUUUAAUACUCCUUCUAUUAAUCAGAAUUACAUUAAAUAGUUAAAAAGACAUCAAAAGCUGUUCGCUGCAUAUUAAAACUGUGCAAUAUACGUUUGUGGAAUUUGAAUGUUUUGAUGUUGUUUUGAGGAAAUUUGGAAAACGUACUGCAUUUGUCAAGUAUACGAUUACGUCGAAGAUACAUGAUCAAAGAAUACGCGGGUUGCCUUCGAAGUAUUUAAAACAAUCUCGUAUUUUAGAUAGAUGUGCAGGGUUGUCAAAAUGAUAAACAGUACCGGCGCAGGCUAUAGAAACUAAUGUAAACGUCUGAUGCUGAUAAAAAACUGGAACUUGCUAAUGCUUACAACUGACAAAAGCCACCUCAUCAUGCAUGUAAACAAUGAAAUGCCGCCAAGAUACAAUCGCAGCAUAGUAGUAGAACCCCGAAUGCACAUCCUAUUCCUAACAACUAAGCAAGCCACCAGCCGGGUUAGUUGCGUUUCGCAGUAUGAAGUGUACCAUUUCGUGAAAUAUCCCAGAUCGGAGAAUACGCGAACUUUCCAUAAAAAACAUAUAAGCAUAUAAACUAAUUCAGUUCGUUAAUGAGUUCAGUCGAACCAUCGCAGGUCAUGAAAACAAAUUAAACAUCCAUUAAAAUUGAUUUAAUCUUAAAUGGAGUGGUCAAUACUUACUAGGAUAUUAGCCCGAGGUGAUAGAAUAUCAUAAUCACACUUUUAUAGAAAAAAACCUGUUUAAGUCUAUGUUUAACUCCCACGGUUUCCCAAUAUUUUUCCUGUUAUAUAUCGUUACUGUUCGGCACAGAUUAAUAUGCGUAGGGUAUAUGGGAGGAAGAAAUGUCGCGUUUCAAAGUCUACAUGUUUUUCUAGGCUUGAUUUAAGUUGAGUUGCUUUGUAAAAUCUGCAACAAUGCACCCUUUGCCUUUCUAGACAAAACACUCUAG